AUGUCUUGUAGCAACAGAAUUACCUAUUUCGAACAUUUAUCAGAUGAAGUUUUCUAUGAAAUAUUUGAAUAUAUUGAUGGAUGGAAUAUUUAUAAAGGAUUUUUCAAUCUUAAUUCUCGUUUUCAAAAUCUUAUCAUUCACUCGCCAAUACCAUUUAAGAUUAAACUUUAUUCUUUAUCACAAUCAGAAGUCAAACAUUAUUGUAACAAUGUUAUUGUUUCAAACAAACAUUGUAUUAUUUCACUUUAUUUUGAGAACGAAUCAUUCAUCAAUGAGCUUUUUAUAUAUUGUGUAAUCGAUUCAUCAUUUGAUCGUCUGGAGUCAAUUUUUCUUGGUGAAAUCUCAUUCGAUCAACUUAUGACGCUUUUCUUUUAUUUAAAAUCUCUUCCUCGACUCUUUUCAUUGACCAUACAUCCUGAUGCGGAAUGGGGCUAUGAUUUAAGUACUACCUAUCGAAUGAUUUUCUCAUUACCUACAUUGAAAUACAAUAAAUUAUCAUUAUUCUCAGAUGUAGAUGAGGACUUAAAUUUCUUUGUACCACUUGCUAUCAAUGAACCGUUUAGCGCUAUCGAAUAUUUAAUUAUGGAUCAUAAUUGUAGUUUAAAUGAACUAUUUUCUAUGUUUCGCCAUACACCCCAACUACGUCAUUUAUCUUGUCAAAACUUAAUAGAAUCGGAAAGUAGUAUUGAUACGAAAAAAUCAGUGAUAUUGUCUAAUUUAACAUAUCUUAGGAUUGGUAACUCUCAAAUAGGAUUUGAUGAAUUUGAAAUGUUUAUAGCCGAAAUAUCUUCGCCAUUGCAAGUAUUGAAUAUCAGACAAUAUAUGGGUGAAGAUUAUCUUGAUGCUGAUCGCUGGGAACAAUUAAUCAAAAUAUACAUACCUCAUUUGCGCAGAUUCGACUACGAAUAUUAUCAACUAUUUAUGCCUGGAUAUGAAGAGACUUUUUUAUAUAAGAAUAUCAAUCGAUUUUCUUCACCGUUUUGGAUUGAACGACAAUGUUUCUUCGAAGUCAAAAUAAAAGAUAAUGAUAUGAUUUAUGCAAUUCAUCCCUAUAAGAACUUAUGUCUUGAUAUUUAUAAACAUGCACAAAUUGCCAAGCAUUUUAAUCAAAAUAUUGCUUACAAUUCUACUCAACAUUUUGUCAUGCUCAAUCAACAAGAUAUUGACAAGCCUUCAACACUGUUCAUUCCAACAAGUCAACUUAGUAUUAAUGGCAUUUCUUCUGCAGAGCGAAGUCAAUCAUUUAUUGAUAAGUUCAAAUCUACUUUUGUUGCUGCUCAAUUUACUCGUCUGAAUAUUAACUGCACAGAGAUUCCUAUUGGAAUAUUAGUUAAUAUUCUAUAUAUAUUACCUAAUCUUGAUUCAUUAAAAGUAACAUCCUUACCAUUUAUUGAAGAAGACUGUUUAUUUGAUAACGAUGGAGAGAUGCGUUAUUUAACAUCGAUCAGUAACAAGAUCACAAAAGUCAAUCUCGAGAGCACGAGUGAUAUCAGUCAAGUGCAUUUUCUUCUCUAUCUCUGUAUUUGUGUGCAAUAUUUUCAAGUGGAUGUUCCAGAGAACAUGAAUCUCGAAAUGCUCGUACGAGUUAUUUUAACAAAAAUCGAAUAUUACAUUCCUCAACUCCGAUCUCUGUGUCUUCAUAUUCUAAAUGCUAAUGAAGAAAUAAUUUAUCAAUUACAAAAACUGAUCGAUACCGAACACUUACUAACUAACUAUAUAAUCAAACGUAUUUAUAAUAAUAUUUUUUUGAAAUGGAAUUGA